UCCAGUCGCAGCCGUAAAAACAAGAUGUCGGGGUUUUUCUUGUCUGAUAGCAAAGGUUCUGCAUCAAAACCUAGGAAAAGACAAGCUAAAUCGUCUCAGAUUUCUGGGUUCAGAAAUAAGAAGCAAAGGGGUAAACAGUCUCUAUCAAAAGCGGAACAUAUAGAUGAAGAUGAAUUCGGGAGCGAUUCAGAUGUUCCAAGUGACAAAGAGGAAGACAUACCUGGAGAAGAAGAGAGUAGUGAUCAUGAGACAGCACAAGAAAAACGACUUCGCCUUGCAAAGCAGUACCUUGCACAAUUAGAAAAAGAAGAACAAGAAAAGAAAGAGUCAGAUGACAUAGACCAUGAUGCUAUAGCUCACAGACUGAAACAGGAUGUUCUUGAGCAAACAGGCAAGUUUCAGAAAAGAGUGGCCUCACAGUACACUCAACCCUCCCCUGCUGGUAUCAGAGUUCUUAAAGGUCAUCAGUUAUCAGUCACCUGUCUCUGUGUGUCACCAGAUGACAAGUUUGUCUUUUCUGCUUCAAAAGACUGCUCAAUUAUCAAAUGGAAUAUUGAAACAGGCCUGAAGGAGGGUAAGAUCCUAGGUUGUCACAAGGCCAGUGAAGGAAGCAAAGGCCAUAAAGGACAUGUUCUCUGUCUUGCUGUUACUUCUGAUGGAAAGUUUCUGGCUAGUGGAGGUCGAGAUAAAAUAAUUCACAUCUGGGAUCCUGAUUCACUUCAGCAUGUUCAUACAUUCAAAGGUCACAAGGAUGCUGUCUCAGGUUUAGCCUUUAGGCGAGGAACCCAUCAUUCCAACAGCUCACUGUCCCUAUGGAGUGUUUCAAAGAAAAAGCCAUUAUGCACAAUACCAAAUGCUCAUAGUAAACCAGAUGGCAAUUCAGAUGACAGUAUUCCAGAUGAAAGUUGGAUAACAUCAAUUGCAUCACUACGAAGUACAGAUCUCUUGGCUUCAGGUUCUUGUGAUUCAUGUAUCAAACUCUGGGAAUGUGGUGAUGGAUUCAGAAGUCUUAAGCAGCUCUUCUCUGUAUCAAUGGUUGGCUUUGUAAAUGCUUUAGCUUUUUCCAACGAUGGAAAUAAUUUGAUAGCUGGCAUUGGACAAGAACACAGGCUGGGUCGAUGGUGGAGACUGAAAAAGGCAAAAAACUGUGUUUGUGUAAUACCCCUGCAGAGAACAGUGCAGAAUGGAGUCCAUGCUUGAAGUCUGCAAAUUUAAGGACCAGUGGAACAUAUGUUGUUUGGUCAACAGUGGCACUGAACCACAGGAUAUUUAUUUAUUGCAGGAUAACAAGCUGUUGAAUAACAUUCCAUUUAAUUUGCAUGUUAUCAGACCAAUUUCAGUGUUGAGAACAAAUAAAUAAAUUAACAAAGAGCUAGUGACCACACCUGAGUUUUCGUUUGCACUCUUACAUAUUAUUGUCUGAAUUUUGUAGCAGUGUCUGGAAGGAAAGCGAAUGUAUCAUGAUCGUGGUCAGGAUGAGAAGGGACUGGGUCUAGACACACUCUGUCCCAUCCCAGUCUUUACUUCCCAAAAGCUGUUGCUCCAUUUGAAAAAAAAAAAAAAAAAAGAAAAAAA